GGAGGAUAUCGUGGGUGCAAGGAGCAUGACACGAGGCCAUCCUAGCGUUGCAGCGCCGUCGAAGAGCCUGUGAUGCGCAUGCCAUGAACUUGGCCAUGAAGGUGAGGAGGCAGUCCAGGCAGAUGAUCACAUGUGAUUCCCCUUCUCUCGUGCCGCUUUUGUCAUUGUGCUGUGUGUUUGCGGCAGCCUCGCUUCCACGUGAUCGGCCAGUGAGAUGUGGCGAUGUCCUAUUUUGAGCCACAGCAGCAGCCCGGCGAGCCAUUCGCCGUGAGCCUCUCGCCCGGUGGAGUGCCAGCCUUUGCCCUCUCGCCCACCAAACAGUUGGCAUUCGGCCUCCACUAUGGUUCCCUCUCACCUGACGCAGCGGCCCAGCUGCUGACGCAGCAGAAGGCCGACCCCAAUGGGCAAUACCACGACGGGCGCUGUGACUGUCGGGCUUCCCUGCUGCAUCUGGCCGCCGAGAAAUGUGUCGGAGAGGAUGGUGCCGCCAUUCUCACGAGCCUCAUCGACGCGGGAGCCUCCGUGAACUACACCAGCUACAGCCCAGAGGGCGCUCCAUGGGCCCUUCCCUGCAGCAAGAAACCCCUGGACUCCCUGCUAGACCGCCUCCGUCAUGCAGACUCCGCUCAGCUGUCGGCCCUUCUGCCCAUGAUCGAGACCCUCCUCAGGCACGGCGCCAGGUGCUACUAUCCUGGUGGUGCGCUGUCGUCGGUCUUCACCAGUUCGGCCAUGAAGGACAUCUCGGCCACACAGUGUCUGGAGGUGGUCACUCGGCUGACCACUGCCGCAGCAGCGGCACCCAGACCACCCGGUCUCUACGGAGAAACGGCUCUCAACGAGGCAUGUCAGUGCCAAUUUCGAGGGGAGGAGGACCAGCAAGCGGAGGACCAGCAAGCGGAUGAGCAGCCGGGGGAUGCGGCGCACGAUGGCCACACCGAGCCUCAUAUUGCCAUUCUCGAGAAAAUCGUGGAAGGGACGGGGUGGGAGGUGCUGGAGGGAUGGGGCGAGGGGGAAAGGGGCAGCUAUGCCCUCAGUCGCGCUGUAGAGAGCCAGAACAGGGCUGUCGUGUAUUGGCUAGUGAGGCAGAGAGUGAAGGCUGUGCAUAGCACACUCAUCCUUGCUCAUGAGGACACGGAGGUCAUGUCAUUUCUGGUGAGGGAAGCAGGGGCUGACGUUGAUGACGAUGGUGCCGCAAUGACUGGCGCCAGAUUCUGGCCACCCCUUGUGGAGUUUGUGCGUGAGGGCCACUACACUGCUGCCGAGCAUCUGAACCACUUGGGGGCAUCGGUAGACAGAGCACUCACACACUUUCGCACGACAGCCAGACAGAAGCGCCGCAUUUUGUCGGUGUAUCACGACUAUCUGAGUCGGUCUGUCCCCACACACGCCAUGCACUUCAUCAACACGUCCCUCGCCCCCCUGCGCACUCUCUCUGCCUUAUCGCCUUCCCACUCUGUGUUCCGUGUGGGUGUGUUGUGCAGUGAGAUUGCCGCCUAUCUAGACCCCCUCGCUCCACUGCCCUUCUCAGCCCGCACGCCACUCGGGCGGCGGCUCAAUGCGGCACUGCGGUUUUUCGUCUCGCGUGUCUGCAAUGUGGCCAGCCCCUCUGUGCGGCGCCGUCUCUUUCGCCACACUGCCUUCGUCACGCCACACAUCACACACACCGACACAUCAGACAGCCAGGGAGGGGGAGAGGGCGGGCAGGUAGACGAGGGCAUCGUGUAUGGCCUCCGUGACGUGAUCCACCUGAUUCGGUGUGAGGAGGCGCAGCGCUAUGAGCUGCCUGACAUCGACAGUGGAUUCGGCAGGAGCAAGCCAUUCGAGUGUGCCUUCGAUAGCCGUGUGGUGGUGCGAGGGGCGGGGGGAGGUCAGUGUGUGGUGGAGGUGAUAGAUGCGUGGGAGGGGAUGGACCAGAGGGGGCCGCCCGGUGCGCUGUGGGGUGAGGAGUCAUCGGAUGAUGAUGAUGGGUUGGGGGACUACGACCUAGACGAGGAGAAUGACAUCGAUGAGGUCAGCAGGGAGGGGCAGACAGUCACAUGCAUGUGAUGAUUCAAUGUUGUGUGUGUGUGUGUGUGCAGGACGGUAUGGAUGAGGACGGCCUGGAGGACGGCGCGGGCGACGGUAUAGACGAGGUGGGCGGGAAGAACCACACAGACACACACAUACGUGGAGGCCAUGCCCACUCAUGAUGUGCGUGUUCAGGGAUUCAUGGACGACGACGGCAUGAACGGCGACCAGGGAGAGGACGACGACGAUAUGAUCGACGACGACGAACAGCAACAGCAACACGUGGAGGCCGACCAGUGAGCAGACAGUGGAGAGGGGGAUGGAUGAAUGGAUGGAUGGGGGCAUUCAUGAGUACACACAUGUCUGUGUCUGCCUGUCUCUUAUGUCUGUCUGUCUCCUUGUCUGACAGAGCUGCUGAUGAGAUGGAUGGGGGGCACAGCAGCGGCGACCUGAAUCCGCCCAUCUACUUAGUACUACAGGUACAUAGAACGACAUGCCAAGCACCAGCCCCCCUUGCUGCUCACAGCUGUGUUGUUCGUUUCUCUGCUCUGUGUCGACCAGCACCUAUCGCAGCCCGCCUGCUGCAGGAAGGAUGUGUAGAGGGCGUGGCGUGUAGAUAUCUUCGAUCACUUGCUGCGAUCCAAGUUAUG